AUUUGUUGAUGUGUCAUAUCAAAGUGACUUGUUGGGUCUAUCAGCUGUUAAGGCAUAAACCUCAAAGUUCACUCUUAUCCACAUUGUCUCCGCAUUGAACUUCACCAUGGAUUUUUCGCAUUCGGUUUGAACCAGAGAGGGACCAUGGAGCAGCCUGGUCCUGCUUCAGAUACACACAUGAUGGAAGGAUCGGAGGUUGAAUCUGUGUCUGAGAGAUCUCACCCAGAGAAUCAGCUUCGCAACAGCACAUCUAACAUAGAAGAGGAGGAACAAAUCUCUCACAGCAGUGCAGAUGAGGCAGAAAAGUGCAGUCAGGCAAAAGAUGAAGCACAGCUUGAUAGUGAACUAAUUAAGACGGUGACAGAUGUUCAGACGGACGCAAAGACAAAGUCAGAAGCUCAAACAUGCAAUCAGGAACAUGCAGAGGGGAGUGAGCUGGAUGCUGAUACUGACUGUGAUAGCGGUACAGUUUCCAUGGAAGGUGGGAUACCUUCGCUUUCAAAUGCGGCUGAUGGAGCUUUGGUAGCCCCAUUCACCACUUUGGAUGGUGUGGUAGAAAGCUCUCCUUCUGUUCUUGAAGGGACAGUAGAAACCUUAUUGCCUUUUAAUGAAGUUAAGGAUUCUCAUACCGCCACUCCAUACAGCAGUGUGGAGCCAUCAGUCUUGGUUACAAAUUGUUCCACAGAGCCAUCGCCUGCUGAUGAUAGUGGUUUAACCAAGAGUCCAUCAUCCUCUUCCGCCCAAAGCACUUCGAAAACCUCCCCUACUGACUUGACAACCACCUCUGGGAUCUCUAAUGGCCCUUCCACUCCCAGUUCCGACACUGUCAACUCCUCGCUGGCUUCCAGCCCUCAAACCAAUACCAACACCUCAGUCCCCUUCCAUUCCUUGUCAAGUCCGUAUGACACUGAUUGCAGCCGAAAGCUUAUUUCCCAGAUCCAGCGCUCGCUGUCACAGGAAUCACUGCUGGAUGAGCUAGAGUCAGAGCUGUUGGCCUGUCAGCUGCCUGAGGGUGAAAGUGGAGGUGAGCGGAAAGGAAGCCCACCUGUCAAUGGACUCCCUACAGACCAAGAGGGCUGCAUGGUGGUCUUUGAGAAGUGUGUGCAAUACAAAUAUGCACAGCAGGAGAAAGCUAUUCAGAGGUUGCUUGAGGAGAACAAGAGACAUCAGGAGCUGAUCCUGGGCAUCUGUUCAGAGAAGGACAACAUGAGGGAAGAACUGAAAAAGAGGGCAGAGACAGAAAAGCAGCACAUGGUCACCAUUAAAAAGUUGGAGGGCAGGGUGGAGGAGCUGCUGAAAGAACUGAAGGAGUCGCGGGAUAAACUCAUUCACCAGGACCAGGCUGCCAAGGCUGCCCUCCAGCAAAUGCAGAAGGAAAUGGCCUUCCGGCUAGAACAGGCGAACAAGAAGUGUGACGAGGCGCGCCAAGAGAAGGAGACCAUGGUGAUGAAGUAUGUACGGGGAGAGAAAGAGGCCCUGGACCUGAGGCGGGAUAAGGAGGGUUUGGAGAAGAGGCUGAGGGAAGCCACCAAGGAGGUGGACCGCCAGGCCCUCAGAGGAAACCAGCUGGCCCAGGAGAAAGGCCGGCUGCAGCAGCUCUAUGAUGCUAAGGAAGGCGAGGUUAGCAGGUUCACUCGAGAGGUGGAAAAGCUGAAGGAGGAGGUCAACUCACAUCUUAUCAAGGUCAAAUGGGCCCAGAACAAACUAAAGAGUGAGGCAGAUACACACAAGGAAACUAAAGACAAACUGAGAGAGACAACAUCCAAAUUGGUCCAGGCCAAAGAAGAGACCGAACAGAUCCGCAAGAACUGUCAGGACAUGAUCCGAACGUACCAGGAAUCAGAGGAGCUCAAGUCCAACGAGCUGGAUGCUAAACUGAGGGAGACCAAAGGAGAGCUGGAGAAACACAAGCAGGAACAAACAGACCAAUUAGAGGUGCACCGAGUGAAGGCCAAAGAGUUGGAGGACCUGAAAAGGAGUUACAAAGAGAGCAUGGAUGAGCUCAACACUCUACGCACCAAGUUAAAGUGUUUGGAGGACGAGCGUCCACGCUGGGAGGACGAGCUGAGCAAGUACAGAGAGAUCAUCAACCGGCAGAAAGCUGAGAUCGGCCGCCAGAGGGAGAAGAUGGAAGAGAUCAAUGCACUCCAGGAGCAGCAUCAGUGUGACAAACAGGAGAUCACGUCUCUUCGAGAGGAAGUUGAUGGCCUGACCAGUCAGAUGGCCGAUUUCCAGCGCGAUGUACAAGGCAGCAGGGAGCGAGAGGCUGAGCUACUGGGCUUCACUGAGAAGCUGAGCAGCAAGAACGCUCAGCUCCAGUCAGAGAGCAACGCACUACAGUCUCAGCUGGAUCAGCUCACCAGCAGCUUCACGCAACUCCAAGGGAGGCUGGAGGACACCAGCAGGCUACUAGAUGACAAGUCACGGCAGCUGAAACAGGAGGAGGUGCUGAGGCAGCAGGAGGUGCAGGGCCUGCAGGAGGAGCGGGCAGCACUGCAGACGGAGGUGGCCCAACUAAAAACCAGAGUUGAAGAACUGAGGGAUGAGCUGGUGACUCAGAAAAGGAAACAAGCUGCCAACAUCAAGGACCUGACGAAACAACUAACACAAGCCCGUAAGAGACUGGAGCAGGUUGAGAAUGGAGGCUGCGACCGGGAUGCUAGCAGUAUGGGCAGUCGCUCAAGUUCCUCAGGUACUACUCCUGGAUUUGGCUCCUUGAACGCACGCCACAGUGGGAGCAGCGGUGUUGAGGAGCGGUCACCGGAGAGCCAGUCUGGUCCUUCAGUGGUGGUAGUGGAUAGCUUCCCAGAGGUCGACAAGGCUGUGCUUGUGGAUCGCAUUGUCCGUCUGCAAAAGGCUCUCGCUCGCAAGCAGGAAAAAAUCGAGUUCAUGGAGGAUCACAUCAAGCAACUGGUGGAGGAGAUCCGCAAAAAGACCAAAAUUAUCCAGAGCUAUGUGCUAAGAGAGGAGUCGGGGGCCCUCUCAUCAGAGGCGUCAGACAUUAAUAAGGCCCACCUGAGCCGGCGGGGAGGCAUCAUGGCUUCGCUUUACACCUCCCACCCGGCGGACAGCGGGCUGACCCUGGAUCUGUCGCUGGAGAUCAACAGGAAGCUGCAGGCUGUGUUGGAGGACACACUGCUGAAGAACAUUACCCUGAAGGAGAAUCUGCAGACGCUGGGCGCCGAGAUCGAGCGGCUCAUAAAACAGCAGAGAGCUCCAGAGGACGGAGUGAGGAGGAAGUGACACGACCGUGUCACAGGAAAGAGGAAAUGAAAGACCAAGAAGUAGUCGAGGAAGUUUUGAAGGAACGGCAAAACACACGCACGCACUCAUUCUCCCAUCAUAUGAAGGAGCAAAUUGAAUGUUGUAAGUGCCAGUAGCACCUCAGGCUGCUUUUCGGGGGGACCUCUUGAACUUUCUGUCCGUUUGGAGGACGUGUCUUAACUUACUUGAACUGUCAUCAUUCCAUCCACAUUGCGCCACCUCCGUUUCCUGCUUGGGCACAGCAAACCUUCCUCUGGCUAACGUCCGCCUCCCCCGAGCCUUGCCAAGAUAAAAACCCUUUGGGCCAGUUGCUUCAAGCUUGAACCUCUGAAAGCCCUUGGAAACGAAAUGACUGAAGAUGCCAUAAUUGCGAAUGUAUAGCAAAUUCUACCUGGGAAGUAGUCAAAAAAGCGACUGAUUUGCCAGUGAAUUCAUAAAAACGGACUAUGUUCCGGUGCACAGCGACUUGCAGCUUUUUCCACCGUUCAGUGACUGAGAUGAGAUGAUGAUCGCCCAGCAUGCCGUCUCCACUUGUCCCCUCUCGUCUGCCAAUAAGCCAAAUGUAUUUUUGACAGACUGCUUCUUCAGCUCGAUUACACGGCACUCCAUAUGCAAAGCAAAAAGUGGAAAUCAGCCCCGGCUUGUGGGGAACUUGCAUGCCACCUGCGCACUUUUCAUCAUCUUGUGCUCUGCACAGCCAGCACUUAACGACCGAGCUGGUGGAGCAAGGUGCCUCGCAUCAGCAGACCCGCCCAUCUGUGUGACACCGGUGCUAGACUGUGUUUCUUGCAGUGUUUUCGUGCAGCCAACGGCAACGUGCCAUCAGUGUGGAAGUAUCCUCGUGUGUGAAAAUGAAGAAAAUCUGUGACAAAUAAAACACGGUGAGGUUGAAAUGUAGAGCUGGUCUUUAGCCAUUUUGAAUGUGAUUUUUAAUUUAUUUUCAUUUUUGUUGGCUUAAAAUGUAAUUUUUUAUUUUAGUAUUUCCUUUUUCAUUUCCUGUUAUUGCAAAGCUUUCUUUUAGAAUUUUUGCGCUUUGCUCUUAAUUUAAAAGAAUGAAUACCUUGAACAGUUUUGCCCUUCCUUCACUGUCAUCUCUUCAUGUGUUCCUGUUGCAGGAACUUCAUCAGUAGCAACUUCUCUUAAUCAGGCAUGAGCAUCCAAAGAUGUUCCUGUUUCAGCAUUCCUAAAAGCGGUUUGUUAGUAUCACCAUCAUCAUCCCUCAUCUCAAACAGCAGACACAGACAUGCUAACAGCAGCUUUCUUUGCACCGUGUGCACAAUACUAUCAGAAAAUGUUAAGGUAUUCCCCUCACACUCCUCUUUUUAUUUCUCUUUGUAGUGUCACUGAGUCCGUUAAAGUAAAUCAAGUGUGGAGGAAUCAGAGGGAGGACAGGAGAUCUGUAGCUGUAGCUCAGGAAAGCCAGUGGAACUACAGGAAUAUAUCCAGGGACAAAGUGCAAUGCUGUUCCUUUCAUUGAGCUUCUUUUUGUUGUUGUUCUGAAUGCGUUGCUGCACCAGUGUACUGUUUUAUAUGUCUGUUUUAAUGCUUGUGCACGUGCAACACGGGACUGCGGUGGGGACCGAAGUUUUAAAAGUGUCCAGACUGUGGGUUUUGUGUGUGCGUGCAUGGCUGCGUGUGUGCCUUCUUUUAACCUCCCGAGCUUCUGUGUUCACACCUUGUGUACAUGCUUCAUCUGUCGGGGCUUACAGGCUUUUACCAGACUGGCCGUGAAGUUUGGUCUGCAGGGUUUCCCCCGGGGGCUAAACAGAAUUUGCAUUUAGACCAGAGUCUGUCAGCCACACACACACACACACACACACACACACACACACACACACACACACACACACACACACACACACACACACACACACACACACUCAAAAAAACGAAUUGAUUCAACAAUAAAAAGUUUUCUUUGCUCUUUAUUUGAUCUGAAUUUCGACGCCGUCGCAAAAGCCUCCACCUUAUUUUUUUCCCCAUUCCAAUCAGAAAUGGGCUUUUAUGGGUCGUGAAUGGUUACAGGACGACCCCCCUUCCGUACACCCUGAGGCUACGGUUGAAACGGCCCACUAAGUGAAUAGAGAUGAAAGUUUCCAGGAUUGAGGUCACGGAGUCCUUUAAGGUUCCCUGUUGCUCCAGUGGGUGCUCGCUGUUUGAUGUACCUCUACUUUUAUUUCAUCCAAACUGAUUGCCCUGCGACGUGGGAUCCGUGCGGAAACGUGCAGACAGCAGACCUGGAGAUUUCAUCUUGAUUCUCCUCGAUAUUGAAACUUGGUAACCUUUUAAAGUCCUGAGAGUUCAGCAAGAUUGAAACGUAGCUUUCUUCUUCCAUCAGGCCAGUGGCCAAACAAUGUGAUAAUGAGCUGCUUGUUGCUGAAUGGGUGAAAGAAGCAAAAUGCUAAACACUCGCAUGGGAUUUCCUGAUUAGUCCUUCAUAAUUCUCCAAGGCACGCUAAUACGCUUCUCCUGAUUCGGUCACAGUGCGUCACCUGUAAGCAUCACGCUGAUCCGAGAUUUUUAACGGCCUUGAAACGAAGCCAUGUUGCGGCGUUGUGUGUAACCUCACGUUUCACUCUGUGGAUCUGAAAACGUGGCGUGCAGUAUGUGUGAGUGUCAAAAUGAGACGUUUAUUUCUGUUUUCUCCCUGCUGUGCAAUGAUUCCCUCUGCUCUGUUUUGUGGAAUAUUCAAACUGUGAUUAUAUUAUACAUUUGUAAAUAUGUCAUAAUGUAAAAUUCUGAUGAGAUGUUUUUAAAAAUACUGAUUCUGGAUGAUGUUUGUAUAUAUGGUGUUUCCAGGGAAUAAAUGGAGAUGAGUCUGAACUUUCUCUUGAAUGUUC